GUCCCACGUGACUCCGGGCGACGGCGGGCGCUGCUGCCGCGAGGCUCCAAGGGGCCAAUCAGGGCCCAGCUCAGCUUCCCGCCCUGGGAUCCAGGGGAGCGCGUGAGAGCAGCAGUGGCGGGAGGAAGAGCCUGAAGGAGGCGGUGCGUGGAGAGGCAGUGGCGGGGCACGGGCGCUGCAGUAGUGAACUGGCACAGGGAAGGGGGGGGCUGCAGUGUUGUUGAGAAGGGGAAGACAAGUGAAGUUUUGAAUACAUUGCCAAACGAGGAAGAUAAUGUUUGCAGCUCUUAAAUAUCAUGCAGUAGACUAUUUAUAUGAGAAUGUGGCAAGACAGAAGUUUUCUAUUGAUCGGUUAUCAUUUCGUGUUCCUCCCUGUUUACAUCAAGAUGAGAAUUACCAUCAUACUGGAGUCUUUGCUGAUGAUAAGUACAGGAGGCCAUGGACAAGAGUUUCAGUUGUUUCCACACAAAAAAUGAUGGAUAUUUCAGUCCUGGAUCAAUGGAAGCAAAGUUUAUAUGUAGAGGAUUUCCUGGAGAAGAAACCAAUUUCAUGCACGGAAUUCCAUAUUAAUAAUGAACUAAUAGAAGUUGUUCCAAGUUCAAAUCCCUACUCACAGACUGACACAGAAGAAGCCUAUUUACUUACGAAGAAUGACUACAAAGAAGAAUUCACCCAAGUUAUUUGUGUUAAGCCUGACUAUGUCCCAGUACUUAAAGCACAAGAUCAAGAUUUAUAUAUUGCAGAUGAACUUGUUUUUGUUGAUAAUUUGGAAGAAUAUCGUAAACAACUACCUACUCUGCAUACCCUCUUGGCUAGACUAAAAAAUUUCUUAGUGAAGGAUCCCCUCUUAAAUUCUAAAGGACAGAUUUUGACUGAAGAAAACCUUUUCAGGGAAUGUUUGACUUUCCAAAGCAAUGCAGAGACACACGAAAAUGAAAAAGAACUACAUGUAGCUAAGGAAAUUUUUUGUCGAAUGUCUUUAAACGAUGAGGAGUCAUUAAUGCUGCCUGUUGAAUUAGAAUCCAAGAAGACAACAAACUUCAGACAGAAAGUUGAGAUUCCAUCGUGCUUGGAACUGAAAGAGUUGUUAAAAUUAGCACCAGAAAUUAUAGCAGAUGAAAGCAGGAGUGAAAAGCAAAUCAAAGAUCUUACUGCAAAUAUUACAAACGAAAUAGAAAUUUCAAAAUACUGUCCCACAAUGGAAGAGGUUUGUUUCAAUCAAAACAGAAAUCCACUGGAAUGCAGUGAGGCAGUUAGUUACACUUUAUAUCCUCAAUAUGAAGUAGAAAUACCGCUAACUCCGCCAUGCAAACCACAAAGAUCACAUGUGAAUUCACUUCAUGCAGGACUUCAGGCAGAACCUAUUUCUCCUGUUGGUAACAGUAUUCUGCUUACAGAGUCAAUUAAGAAGAACUUAGAGUGCCUGGUGUGGCAGUCAGAAAAAUACCAAAAUGCUGUGAACUCUCUUUUGCUUGAAGAGAAUCAGACUGUUGAACCUACAUUUCAACAUCAUACAGUUACAGAACUGAAAAAGAUUAUGUCUGUCCAUGUGGAAGCUCCAGUGUUUAGCCCAUUAAAAUCAGACUGGUGGAUUCAUUCAGGACUAAAUCUGGUAUUACCAGAUUCUUUGGAGCAACUAAGCACUGAUUUGGGUAGUGCAAAUAGCCUGUUUUCUACUGAAGAGGAAGUAUUCUCACAAAUUACACAAUUUCAGUUAGAAAGGUGGCUUGAAGAGAAGAGUUCCCUUACUAAUCAAGGACUGCUUUCUGUCAGUGCAUAUCACUGGGACAAAACAACAAAUUCUCAUUUCUCACCUGAAAAGAAGAGCCCAUUCCCUCCAUUACAUUUGGGAGCUGCACCUCAUGUCAACAUAUGUGAUGCAAAUACAUCUGUUGAAUGGCUAACAAGACAGGAAAAUCAGCACAGUGAGACAGAAGGACCAAUGCAUUUCUUAUAUCAAGAAAAGAAAAGAAAAGAUUUGUCUGACUCACUUAACUGUAAAGAAGGAUCUUUUGAACCAAACAGCUCAACAAAAAGCCAGAAGACUCUACCAUUCAAACAGUCUAGACAAUGUGACGAUGAUUCUGACCUUCUGAACAGUUUUAUCAUGCUAAGAUCUAAACACGUGUUCAUCCAAAAUGAGGAAAAAAUUAAUUUGGAUAGGCAGAAAGAGGCACUGGAAAUUAAAGAAUGUCCAGAAGUUCUUAAGCAAGACAGUUCUGCUGUUUGUAAGGCUACAUUGACAGAGAAAACAGAACAGGAGAAUCAAGGCAGCAUCUCAGUCAAAAUUCAAGCAUCAGAAAGCCAGUGCCAGGCAUACCAUCUGUUAGAAGCAACAGCCACUCCUGUUCUAAAAGAGUUGAUGCAUCUUGGCAUACUUGCCGCAGUGAAUUGGAGGUUUGCCACAGUUAAAUUUGAUCACACUAGAUUUUUCUUAAAACAGCAGGAGAAAGUGAUCUGUGAUAUUUUUAAACAAGGUAAAAAUAGUGAGAAAGAGAUAAUGUUGUUCAAACAUGCUGCUCUGGUGCAUCUGUUGGUAACAGUUCGAGACCUCCUAUUAAUGUGUAGCUUGGACACAGCAUUAGGGUAUUUGUCCAAGGCAAAGGAUAUCUAUACAAGCGUCUUAGGUUCCUGUUUGGAUAAUAUUUGGAGGCAGCUGGAGAUUGUACAGUAUAGCAGGCAGAAAAAGAAUGAAAUCAGUCCCAAAAUAACAGAGCUUCAGUAUCAGAUGUUAAAGUGGGUGCAGAGUAAUACAGAUGAACAGAAUCAUAAGGUACUAAUCAUAACAAGAAUGGACUCUGAUCAUGAAAAAGCUGCCAUCACUAAAACCCUUAGUACAGUAGAAGGUUUAAAAGCCAUGGUUUUGAAUCCUGAGAAAAGGGGAGUUUUGUUAGAGCACAAUGUUGUAAGCAGUCUGAGCAGAUGUUCCUGUGUUAUUGUACAUAAUCAGCACAUUGGAGCUGACUUUCCUUGGACACUUUUCUCAUUAGUGGUGGAGUAUGAUUAUACAGAGAACUCCUGCUGGAAUGAGCUGUGCAAAAAUUUGAAUAUUACUUACGUAACUUUUAAAACCACUCUUCCAGAAACACUUGUAGUUGUUUCAGGUGAAAAUUUUGGCUGCUUCCUUCUGGAGGUGCAAAUUCCGUAUGUGUUUCUGACAUCUGAAGGACUUCUUAACUCACCAGAAAUCCUUCAGCUUCUAGAAUCCAAGUACAAUAUUACUUUUGUUGAGAGAAGUUGCAGUGAAUCAUUACAGCUCUUUGGAGGUACAGAUCGAUACAUCGUGGUAACAAUAGAUGAACGCACUGCCAUAAUUAUUGAGACUUUGGAAGAACUGAAUUAUGAGAAAUCCUCUGAUAAUAUCAUAUUAAGACUGGUGGCUCUAUCACUCCAAUACAGUUGCUGUUGGAUCAUUUUGUAUUCCAGAGAGAGACUGAAUUCAGAGUACAGCCUCACAGGAAAGACUCUGCAUCAUCUAUCCUUAAUUUAUGCUGCUUUGGUUCCAUUUUCACAGAAAUCAGAAGACUUUGAAGUGAAGGUAGCUCUUGUGCCAGGGGUUGAAGAGACAGCAUUGUUAAUUCGUCAGAUUUCUGACAACAUUUUGAUGUCUUCUAAAACAAAUCCUCAUGAAUGGUUGGACAAAUCCUGGCUUUCUAUCUUGCCAUCUGAGGCAGAGAAGUGCUUGCUUACUUUUCCAUGUAUAAACCCUCUAGUAGCUCAGCUCCUGCUAAAGAAGGGGUCUUCACUGAAGUGGCUGUUGUUGGCAACUUUUGACCAACUUCAGGAACUCCUGCCUGAGGUUCCAGAAAAAGUUUUAAAGCAUUUUUGUGACAUCACUUCUUUGUACAACCUAAAUUCUUCCAUUCCUCCAAAAUCACCCAAGAAAACCAUAUCACCCCAAGAACAAUGGAGCUGCUUCAACAUGACCUUUCCUCAAGCUUCAUUUUCCAAGUCUUUGCUCUCCAAUAUUCAAGGAGAUUAUCAGUAUUCAGAAUUGCUUGACAACAUACAGAACAGCCCAAGUCAGUCCUUAAAUUAUUACAAAAAUGAGUCUUGUUCUCCUUUGAGAUCAAGUGAGAGGCAAAGCAUGUUAACAUCUUUGCUGUCUUACUGUGGACAGGUCAGUUGCUUUGAGACAGACCAUAAUAUAAGUGGUCAGCAGUACCUUCCUUUUCUGAAAAAUGUGGGAACAGAGAGAGAAGCUAGUUCCUCACUCUUAAAACAGCGUGAUUCAGAUGUAUUUUCUUUGGAAUCAAGCCAUGUGAAUCAUGAAGCCAGAAUCUCACCACCAAAGACCACUAAGGAGGAUUACGAUUCAGUGUCCAGCAAGGAUACAGAAGAGAAUUUAACAAUUCCCAUCAGUAAAGAUGUUUAUGAAAUCCUUAUGAGAAGAGAGAGCUGUCUACAUGACCUCAUUGAAAAGAAGUUUGGUUGCAUGUCUCUCUUUAAGACUAUAAGAUGUCCCCUUGAAGUAUACAGGAAAAGCCUGAAGGAAGGAAUUGAGAUAUCUGUUUGGAUGGAUGAUAUGACAAGACAUAAUGCUGAUGCUUUGGUGAAUGUAGCCCAUGAACAUCUGCACCAUAUUGGAGGCCUUGCUCUUACCCUGGUGAAAGCUGGUGGGCCAGAAAUUAAGCAAGGGAGUAAACGUUACAUUGAGCGCCAGGGAACUCUCACCAUUGGUCAGAUAGCAGUGACAGGCGGAGGCAGGCUUUCUUGUAAGAAAGUUAUCCACACAGUAGGUCCAAGAUGGUCUGCAAAUGAAAGUGAGAGAUGUUGUCACUUGCUUGAGACAGCCAUUAUAAAUGUCCUGAAAUAUGUUAAUACUCCAGAGAAUAAUAUAAAGUCUGUUGCAAUCCCUGCAGUGAGCUCAGGAGUUUGUGGCUUCCCACUAGAUUUAUGUGCUCAUGUAAUGGUACGGACUAUAAAGAAUUUUGUUGAGCUGGCUCCAUUAUUUGGCUGGUUCAAAGAAAUCCACUUGGUGAACGUUGCUGAAUCCACAGCUACAGCAAUGAGAAAGGCCUGUGAAGAGUUGCUGGGCAGGAGUGACAUCCACGCACUGCAGGAGACUCCACCAGCUUCAGCAAACCAGCUUCCAGAUUCCAUCACAAUCAAUGGUCUCUGCCUACACAUCAUAAGAGGACACAUUGAAGAUCAGCAAACUGCAGUUAUUGUUAAUUCUGUGGUCAUGAAUGAUGAUCUCUCAAGAGGAAACAUUUCAAGAGCAAUUCUGGAAAAAGCAGGCCUAUCUCUUCAGAAGGAAUUUCUGUUUGAGUUACAAAAACUUCCUCCAUACUGUGAGAAAUUCAUAUUGACAAAAGGAUACAAUCUUGCCUGCAAGUCUGUGCUCCACAUAGUAUGGUCCUCACAAAGCAGCAGUGAUUCACGCAAGGGACUAAAAACUGCAAUGUCAAGAUGUUUGUUUAAGAUUCAGGAGUAUCAGCUUCCCUCAAUUUCCUUCCCUGCAAUUGGGACUGGAGUGUUAAAUUUGCCAAAUGAUGAAGUGGCAGAUAUUAUGAUUGACAAAGUUUUAAGCUUUGCAAAGGAACAUCCUUGGAAGGAGACAGAUGUGUAUUUUGUGAUCCAUCCAAAUGACAGUUAUGUCUAUAAGGCUUUCCAAACCAAGUUACAUUCAGCAAAAAACAAACUGAUAAAAGACACGGAAUGCAACAAAAGGGAUUAUUUGGGGUCACGCUCCGACAGACAAGCUGAAAUAGAGAAUCAAAAAACUGGACCAGCCAUUGAACUUAUUGGGAACUGCUAUGAAAAACUGGAAGCAGCAAAAAUAUGGAUUGAAGACAUAAUGCAAGUCCAGGAAAGUCACUUUAUUGUUAUAGAAAACAAUCACAUUUUUAACCUUAGCAAAAGAGAGCAUGCAGAACUUUCUCAUCUGCAGCGUUUCGGUAUAUCCAUAUUGGAAGAAGUGGUUGAUGGAAAAGCAAGAUUAGAGAUUAAAGGUCCCCCUGGUGCCAUAAUUGAUGCAGUGUUUGUGAUCGAAAACUUACUGUGCUAUGUGCAAGAAAAUAAUACAGUCAAACAAGAGGAACUGCUGCAGUCAGAGGGCCGACUGGAAACUAAUUAUCCUCCAGAAAAACUCCGAGACAAAACAAGGGAUACCAAAAUGCAUUACCAGAUCUCAGAAGCAGACUUAUACUGUCAGGAAUUCAAGGACCGAGAAAAACAGUUUGAAAAAGCUGGGCUUUGUGUUCUCAAGCAAAGCUCUAAGAAUUUUCAAGGAGAAUUUAGAGGCUUGCCAUAUAGCUGUCCAGAAGCUCAGGCUGAGGAGACGCUUUGGAGUGAAUAUCCAUCCAGCCAUGCAUUGGAUUCAUUUGCACCUGACCUCCGGCUCUGUGAUUCAGUUGCAAACCCAAAUGAAUACCGUAGUCUGAAUUUUCACCAAAUAGCUGGAGAGUUUUCAGGAAAGAGAAGGCCCAGUGCAUCAUUAUCAAACUUAACAGAAAAGGAUGUUUUAACAGGUUUAGGCUUUGCACAAGUACCACAGCUCAAAAAAAGGCGACUAACAUUUGAAAAAGCCCCUGGAAGAAGUGAUGGGCAAACUCGUCUUAAAUUCUUUUGAAUUAAAUGGAGAGUCUUACUACAGAUAUUUUUUUAAAUUAGUGAAAAGUUUCAAAGGAGCCAUUUUAAAUUUUGUAAGUAUUUCUGACCCAAUUCUCUGGUCAUUUUCAUAUAUUGAGAAGUUAUUAGGUUAAAGUUUUUGCAUGUUUAUUAAAAGGGUUUUUUUUAAACAUUUUACCAAACAAGUUAUUUACU